AUGGAGAGACUCGAUGACUGGCAGCAAGUCCGCCGGAAGAAGAACCACGAGAAAAGCUAUGGGAAGGAUUACGACGUCAACAGGAGGGCAGUUACUUAUUGCGUCCAAGAUUUUCCUUCAGACUGGAAUGAAGCGGCGUUGUGGAAGACUUUCAACAUGUAUGGGGCUGUGGUGGACGUGUAUGUUGCCAGAAAGCUGAACCGACUCAAUAGAAGAUUUGGGUUCGUUUGCUUCCUCAUGGUCCGAGACAUAAGAGCCUUUGAAACGCGCCUGAAUGAGAUCCUCAUCGGUGCCAAAAAGAUUAGAGUUAAUGUAGCCAAGUUUGAUAUAAAAGGUCAAGAUCCCAGGAAUAUUAACCCUCAUCUAAAAGAAGGGUCGAAGGAAUGCAUGAAUAGCACGCUGGUUGGAGAAACUGAAAACUUUCAGUCCCUUAUGAACGUCAAGGCAUUUCUGAAACUUGAAGGUUGCCCUAAAAUCCAACUGAGGUAUAGGCGGCACGAAUAUGUUACUGGAUUUCGAAAGUGUAGAAGAGAAAAAUGA